CAGUGUUAGUAGGAUUGCUAGGAUAAUUGUAAAACAUUAAGCGAUUUAAUGUUUGCCAAUUGGUCGGUGUUCGGUGCGCAAGCAGAUUCACCAGUUGUUUCGCGUGUGGAAUAAGAUUCUUUCCCGCAGUGAGAGUAAUUCAGGCCCCAGGAGCUCGUCUUGUGUGUCCGAAUCCGUUGAUCGCCCGAAGGCCUUUCCCGGCGGAAGCAAUACGAAACCACCAACGACGGCAGCAGUGGCGGCAGAAUCUUUGAUGUGUUCUCAAGUGUGCGUGCGACGAGUGGUGCAUAAGUGAGCUUGUAUGUAGGUGGAGCGAAAGCGAGUGUAUGCAGUGAAAGGAAGACACCGUCUUCUUGAUCCUUCAACAUCAUCAUCACCAUUAUCGGCGUCACCCCUCCAUCCCGGUGCGGUGUGCGUUGGAGUAGAAGAGUGUGCCCGAGUAGUGGUGUGUGCUGACGGUGUGCGUAAAGAGUGUGUGUAGCGUGCGUUUCGAUUUUUUUAGUUUCGUUUGGUUAUCCUGUUGCCAUUUCGUUGUUCAUCGACGUCGUGCCAACGGUCGUGGCCCUGUUUUGAUUUGGUUUUGUACAAAAUCAGUGAUAACGAGGCAAAAAUAAGGGUCCCGCUAGUUGUUGGGCCAGUGCUGAGUAGAUUGUGAUACGAAACAAGGCCCUUUUGUGCUGUAAAUAUUAAUCGCAAGUAAAAUCAAUAGUGCGUGCGAGUGCGUGUGUAGCAACAACACACACCCGACGGGAUCAGCGUGUGUCACUGUUACGGGUAGCAACCGCCAUCAUCACGGAAGCACCGGGUGUACGUACGGUUCCCCUGCGCCAACGCUUGCAAGGCCCGCGAGGACGACGGUAGCAGGAAUAAGGCUUCCUGUACCAACCUCCCUUUUGAUCUGCACGAUCUGCAAAAUCUUUCCGGACGAAGAAAGGGGAAGAGAGGACACCGGAUAAAAACCGCGAACGGCGCGACGACUACAACCCGUUUCACAAUCACCAUCUUCCAGAAGGCUAUCUGUACCGGAUAUAACGGCGGAGCCUGUUUGCGAAGUGCGCCGCGUGCUGGUAAGGAGGAGCAUCCAACAGAGGACAACGCGAAAAACACAACCUAACCCGAAACAAACAACCCCCAGCAACAACAGCAGGAUGGAUUGCAAACGGAUUUUGCGCUGCUCGACACUAGUCGUGCUAGUUUCAGUCACCCUAGUAUAUGCACAAAGCUCAGCAAAAGGUGCACACAAGCGGGAUCUGAACAAUCUGUACCAAGUGAUCUAUUACGGUGACUCGCAGGUCGAGGUCGGCAAACCGUUCUCGAUCUCGUGCAUCAUCAGCAUCGCCAACCCGGUCGAGUGGCACAAGGACGGUGAACCGAUCCGGAAGCACAGCAACAUCCGUCACGGCAAGGACGAGCAUAGUUACAUCGAAAGUGAGAUGGGGAUCGCAGGAAAUCGGGACAAAAUAGAAGCAUCGAUCAGCGUACAACGCGCACUGCCGAAGCAUCAGGGCAAGUAUCAGUGUAAUGCGCUGUAUAAAAACUACCAUCAGCUGUACGUGUACCGGAAUGGAACGCUACUUGGCCACAGUGCAUCUUCCACGACUGGCACCGGCACCGGCAUAUCGUCACGUAAUGGUGGUGAGAAGCAUCGCGAGGAUAUGCAGCUAAUGUUGAGCACGGUGAAGUCAACGCUCGUUGCACCGUUAUCGGUCGAGCAUCACCAUUUUACUACGGCCGUAGCACUAGCGCCCGGUCCUGCCAUAAUAGACGAAGAGUUCCCCGGUGGAUCCUUGGAGCGUGAGCACGACCGGGACCGGGACUCGCAGAAAUCUUCCGCCCACAGUCCGCACCACCAUCGACAGCAAGCGGGCGCGGGCCACCGGCACCAUCCCGGCGGUUCGGCGGACAAGAAGCUAACUUCCCCGGGCAAGGACGAUUCCAAACGCUUCGUGAGUCAAAAGACUUCGGUGGAGCAGGACUCGCUACUGCCGGACGAGGACGGAGUGCUUGUGGAGCAAACUGUGGAAGAUUUGGAAGAUUAUUCCCCGGUGAUGCUGCACACCGAUAAGUCUUCCGCUGCUGCUGGUAAGCCGAAGCAUUCGACCAGCGGCAGAAUGCAACCACCACCGCCGCCACUGAUGGAAACGCGCGACGACGAUGAGGACGGCGAACCGUUGCCCGAUGGUGCGCGGGACAUAAUUAAUCUCGAUCCGUUAGCCGCGGCAGAGCACAUGGAGGACCUCGUUGAACCGGAUACCGAAAUUGUUAUCGAAAGCAAGGCGAUCUCGCUGGAGGACGAUAAUAUCGAUAGGUUGAUCCAGAACAAGAGCGACAUUAACGGCAUUAUUCUGGUGGACAGCUUGGAGGAGUUAACGGCGCACAAGACGGCACCCGGCGAGGAUGGCAGCACUGCCCUAAUGCUGUCCCCUACCGAUGGGACUGUGCAGCGAGUCGGUGGGAAUGUCUCCAUUGGAGGUUUGCCAGGGGCCGCAAUCGACAGCACCAGCAUUGCAUCGAAGGCAGUACCGAAGGAGGACAGCCUUAUCAUCAAUCCCGACUCCUCUACCGUUGCACCACCACCACCACCACCGAUGGGACCGGAUCAGGAUAAUGCGGUCCACCAUCAUCAUCACCAUCAUCACGAACAUCACACUACCACCACAACCACAGCGACAACAGUGACAACCACUCCAACAGCAGCAACUACUACUGCUACUACCAUCACUACUACUACUACUCCCACUACUAGCAUCACCACUAGAACAGCGACGGUGGCAACACCGCUCACUACCACUGCUGCCGAUGUUCUGCUGCCUAACUAUGACCAUGCCAGCACUAGUUUAAAAAUAUUCGAUAUCGCAAAAUCAGUCACGCUCGGUUGUAACGUUACACAGGAAGGAAAUUUUGAUUUAAGUUGGGCAAAAGACGGUAAGAAUGUAAGUGAGGUCGAAUCGCUAAAAGAUCGCUUUAAGCUACUGCCGGCGGAGCGAAAGCUCAUCAUCAGUCGGGCGUUGGAAACCGAUGCCGGACAGUACACGUGUAGCGUACCACAAUUGGGUGUAUCUAAAAAUUUUAACGUAGUUGCUAAUGUUGUUGUUAAAUUUGAAAGCACAGAAAUAGGCAAAACUAACAUAGUGGAGGGAGAACGGUUGACGCUCCACUGUAUAGCUUUCGGAACGGAUCCUAAAAUUUCUUGGAAAGUUGGCAACAAUACUUACAACGCGUCGUCAGAUCACAUCGUGCUGGAGGCGGACGAAAGGGGCGUUGAGAACGCUAAGCUUAUCAUCGAUAGCAUAAGGCUAACCGACUAUGCAGAUUACACCUGCGAGGCGCGAAAUAAUGCCUCCGAUUUCACGGGCAAACCGGCACAGGUUAUGAUUACCGUUAGAGUUAGAGGAAAAUACGCCGCACUUUACGUUUUCUUGGGUAUUAUUGUGGAAGUUGUUUUACUGUGUGCGAUUAUUUUAAUAUGCGAAAAAAGACGUAACAAGACAGAGAUUGAGGAAAGUGAUACCGACCAGAGUCCCGACCAAAACAAGAACGGCUACCACGGUAAUGAAUCCGAGCUACGCCAAAGAAAGUAAAGCCUAGAGCAAAAAAAGGUAGCCUGCGCACGUGCGUACGCGCGUGUACAAUUCGCGCAUGGUUGUUUUUUUUAUCCUAAAAGCGUAAGAGCCCAAUCCGAGUGGGUGUGUGGGUACCGUUGUUUUUGGUACCGUUUGGCAAUCUUGAAAUGAAGAUUGUCCCUUUUCCCACCCGUUUCGCCGCCGGUGUAAUAUUUUUCUUCCUUUUAAAAACAAUUUUUGUCUCGCGUGAGAUAACCGUAACCCCGCAACGCAAUGGAACACGAUUAUUAACCUGUACCCGACCCCAUAUUCGCACACCGUGCGGCAACCGUACAGCAGUUUCACUUUCCCUCUCCAGCGUACACCGAGUUAGAUUUUGAGUAGGCUACCAGUUACUUUCCACGCUUGGCUAUCCUUGUGCUCGCCUACCACCUUGUGCACUUUAGUGUUGCCAAAACACUGUCCAACCUGCAAACUGUUCUAAUCGUAUUCUAAUUUACUAAGUCUUCGCAUCUAGCCAUUACUGUGUUUGGCUUUUCUAUGGUGCGAUGGCUCAUGCAAAACAGUACCAAUUAUGCAUCUGCUUUGGACUUAUGGAAUUCUUUUUAUCGCAAAACAAUAGCUAGAAAAGAUGUUACGCUUUGAAACAAAUGGAACAAAUUUUCUAAACUACAGAAACAACAAUUACAUUGCGCAGAGCAGAGCAAAGCGGAGGACACCGUUCCUCCGAUGAAUUAAUCGAUAUGAACAUAUUUUUUUUAUAUAGUUUAGUACAGGCGUAUUUUUUGUUUCGUUUCUCUUUCGCGCGUGUUGUUUUGUUUAUCAACUUUCAUUUAUAGUAAGCAAUUAGACGCAGAUGAGUAGAUAGCCUUGUCGACCAUACGACCGUGCGAUUGUUGCCAGAACCCUGUUGUUGAAAUUUGUUAAUAAUAUCAGUAUUUAAAAUAUCGCGAAGCACAGCAAAGAAUUUCGCAGUAAAGAGAACCACACGAAGGGUACGAACAACCGCACCGAGCUGUAUUUAGUAACGAUUAGAAUCUCAAAUAAAAAGUAUGUUUUCUUCUAACAGUA